AUGGCGACGACAACGAAUGAUGACGCCGUCAAGCGCUUGCGCGAGAGCAAGCCCCCCGCCACAGACACCGCAACCUACCUCACCGUCAUUGAAAUGUCGCUGACGCCCGCUCUUCUGCCGGCUUUGCACGACAUCCUCGACGAAGACGUGGCGCUGACGAGUGAGAUUGGCUGGGACCUGGUCGAAAUGCUGAUUGCGGUGCCCGGCAGCGAGGCCUGCCUGGAGCGGGUCGCGCACCUAGGCAACCCGCGCGAGGUGAUUCUCAAGGUGCUCGAGGUGAUGGAAAAGGGGGCCGCGGAAGCGCAAGAAGAGGGGAGUGCUGACGAUAGGGAGAAAGAAGCAAAAGACGAACAGAAGAAGAAGGUCGACGAAAGUAACAAGGUGUCGACCACACAGCAGUUUGUCACCCUCUGCAGCAUGCUCGCCGUCCUGCACAACCGCUUGAAAGUAAGCGCCCCCUCGCGGUUCCUGCACACGACGCUGGAUACCGUGUACCGCAGCUACGAUGCCUCCCAACCCGAGGCCACGGCCGCCGUGAUUGCGCUCGUGCGGUCGCUGUCUGGACAAAAGCGGCCGCCGCUACCGACACGCAAGUCGAGCAUCGCCGUCGCUCCGCCGCCGCGGACGCUGUCGUUUGAGACGGACGACGCGCGCCGCAGCGCACCAGAUCCCGAGGGCAGCGAGGGCAGCAGCGAGGCGGGCGAGCCGGCGCGCGUGCGGCGCCUGCUGCAGGUGUUUGCGACGUGCGCGCUCGAGGCGUUUGUCGACGCCAACGCGCUCGAGUGGCCAGCAAGGUUGCUCGAGUACACGUAUCCGGAGCGGAUCGUGGUCGGGCGUGUGACGCAGAUGCAGGCGUUCAAGGACGUGGAUGAGCUGCAGGCGAGGGAUAGUCUGAUUGGCCAGUUAGUGUCCCUGGCAGGCGAUCUAGGACUCUCAAAGCUCCCGGCAGAGACAAUCAAGGAAGCGUUUACCGCGUCGCAAAUCUGCACCGAUCCGCUGUCUGGAGAACUCGACAGCGACAAGCCCGAGGCCAUGCCCUUUGCGACGGGCGGCCUGGCCGCGCUUGUCGCCUACUGGAUGUUCGCGACGGACCUAUUUGACGCACAGCACCCCAUCCCCGAGCUGUACCUAUUUCCGCACCAUCACGCCCUGCUCACGGCCUCUCUCGGCGAUUCCCCGCAGGACCAGGUCACCAACCACCCGGGUGUCGUCGAAGCGCUCCUUGUCAUCGGCAUCUGGCUGCACACGCAGUCUCGGCUCGUUGCGCCCGGCGCCGACACGCAACCCGACUUCAUGUCCCACCACCACCUUUUGACGCUCCUAGCCGUCUUCCACUCCAACCCGCGCGUGCGGCAAGCCGCCAUCACCCUCGCCGGGCACGUGCUGCACGCCGCACCGGAAGACGCGCGCCUUGCCAUCCUCGAGGACUUGCUCGAGAACUGCAUGUUUGCGUCGCUGCAGUCCUGCGCCGUGUCCUGGGUCAAGGACGAGAUCAUCGCCGCCAGACGCGGAAAAGCAGCAGCGGAGAGGAGCGUGUUUGCGACGGCAGACGGCCUCGAGAAGCUCCAGUACGCGCUGUUCCCAGACCUAACGCACCUACAGGACGAGGCGCAGGAUGCGCCCGCGCUGCUCGAGUUUUGGGCGCAGGCCUGGCCGUUUCAGCUGCAGGUGGCCAACUUUGCCGUAUUCAUCUUUGGGGACACGUACAGAGACAUGGCACCCGCGGGCAUGGCGGCGGCGGUCGAGCACAGGUACGUGGAACCCCUGCUGCACAUGGCGGGUGUGCUGCGCGAGGCGGACGCGGUGCAGGAGGGAGAGGCCGCGCAGGCAUUGGGGUCGCUGGACCUGUUGACGGAUACGCUGGGUAGAGUGGCACUGCAUUAG